CAGCUGAUAUAUGGCCAGGAAUCAUUGCAGACUUCUCCACUCUGUUCCAAGUGAGAGAAGAAGCUGCUGUGCGCCUCCAGGCAGAUGUUACUGCAGCUGGACUGCCUUUAUUGACUGAGAAGGAAGGGAAAAAGUUCAAGGUGGCCAAAGAAUUUGAACUUCAGCUUCACGAUCAAAGAAUCCUUCCCAUAUAUAGCAACCAGAAAUUGGCAAGGCAGCUUAGCUAUCAGCCAAGAUUGCCAACACCUUAAGAAUCUUUUGUGAUGAACCGUACAGAUGACAGGGCUGGAUUAACCCUUGAUUCUUUUAAACUCUAACCAGUUUAGCAACUUUGGAAAUGCAAAGGAAUAAUUUCAGAUAUGUCUGAAAAUGUCAAUUCAAUGAUUCCACUUACUUCAGAUAUGCCCAGCAAGAUGGAGACGCUGUGCAUUUUUGGAACAGGUGAUUUUGGAAGAUCUCUGGGCUAUAAGCUGAUGCAGUGUGGCUAUUCCAUUGUUUAUGGGAGCCGAAACACUCAAAAAUCCGGAUUAAUUCCUCAAGGAGCCACAAUCCUAUCUCAUGCAGAAGCUGCUGAAACAUCUGACAUUAUCAUUGUAGCAGUCCAGAGAGUGCACUACAACUUUCUUGAAAGCCUACGAGAAAUCCUUGAUGAAAAAGUGUUGGUGGAUGUGAGCAACAACCUUAAAAUAAACCAGUAUGCAGAAUCAAAUGCUGAAUAUCUUGCCCAGCUGCUCCCAGGCAGUAAAGUGGUCAAAGCGUUUAAUACAGUGUCAGCAUGGGCCCUGCAAUCAGGAGGCUUGGAUGCAAGCAGACAGGUAUUCAUCUGUGGAGAUGAUCGAAAAGCAAAAGAAAAGGUGAUGGAGAUUGUUCGGAGUCUUGGUCUUACUCCUUUGGAUAAAGGUUCUCUCUUAGCAUCAAAAGAAAUUGAGAAUUACCCUUUACAACUUUUUCCAAUGUGGAGAUUUCCCAUCUACCUCUCUUUUGCUCUUAGUGCAUUCAUAUUUUUAUACAGUGUUGUCCGUGAUAUCAUCUAUAAUCAUGUUGAGAAUGGAAAAAAUACUUCUUUUUUUGUUGCUGUUACAAUUGCAAACCGGAUCUGCCCUGUUGUGGCUCUCGUUCUUCUUGCAUUGGUCUAUUUACCUGGGAUCUUUGCAGCUAUUCUCCAGUUAUACAGAGGUACAAAGUACAGACGUUUUCCUGAUUGGCUGGAUAAAUGGAUGCUCUGCCGGAAACAACUGGGAUUGGUCGCCUUGGCUUAUGCUUUCCUACAUGUUUUAUAUACACUGAUCAUCCCCAUUCGUUACUAUGUAAGAUGGAGGGCCAAUUCUUUUGUCCUUCAACAGGUAUUUAAAAACAAAACAGAACCAUUUUGGACUGGCUUUGCCUGGCACAGUGAUUCUUACCUUGCUUUGGGAAUCUUAGGUUUUUUCCUGUUUGUUCUCCUUGGGAUAACAUCCUUGCCUUCUGUCAGCAACAGUGUUAAUUGGAGAGAGUUUAGGUUUGUGCAGUCUUAUCUAGGCUACCUUACACUGGUUUUGUGUACUGCCCAUACACUGGGAUAUGGUGGGAAGAGGUUCUUGAAUCAUCUCUCAUACCCAUGGUUCCUUCCUCCAAUUUAUUUGCUCUCUCUCAUUAUUCCUUGCAUCGUGCUGUUCAUUAAGUUUUUCCUAAUAUUUCCAUGUAUAGACAGACCAUUAACUGAAAUUCGACAGGGCUGGGAGAGGAAACACAAACAUAUGAACCACUCAAACAGCAAUCCGAACACCAAAGAAUUAUCAUUUGUAUAAUUCCUGAAUUCCUGUUAAUCUGUAUAUUUUGAAAAAGACUGAGCAUAGUCAAAGCACUAAGCAGCGGAGACACAUUGAAAAAAAUAUCUUGAAUAUGAGCUUUUGUGAGUGAUCAGGGAAGAACUUUAUAAACCACAUCUGUCACAUUUGGAAUGAGUUUCUGUAAGUUUUCAGGAUUAUGCUCAGAUACCCAUAAAACGGUUAUAGGAUUUCAGACCAGCAAUAGCUUUCCAGCCAAAGAUCUCUAUAUAAAUACGCUAUAAAAUAUACAUAUCUAUAAUGCUACCUGCAUACAAAUUGCAUUUUCUUUCUAUCAGUAUCUUUCAAUCCAUAAAGAAAUUUCUUUUAUCUAUGGGAAGCUAUAACUUUAUUGUGAGAUUAACAGGAGGGUUGCAUAAGAGAACCCUACACUUGACAUUCUUGACAGUCAAGAAUGUGAACAAGAAAUGCUAAAUCCAGUCUUGCUAAAGUAUAUCUAACAAAACAUGAAAAAGCAAUAAAAACAUUCCCUGAUUCUAAUACAAAACUUGCCUGCUGCAGACCAGCAGGAAGACACAUGAAAAAAAGUUUUCAAGUGGCUGCUUUAAGGUGUUUUUUUUCCAGAUGAAGGAAAUGUUGGAAAGUUGGAGACUGAAAAUCCUUUGAAUCCACCCACAUUCAUCUUGCUACUUUCAUUUUAAAGUUUUCUGUGGUGAAAUCUGCUGCGAUUCAUAAAAUAUCAGCAAAGAAGGCUGGGACAAAUGGGGACAGAGACCUGAUGUCAGACUUCACUUUCAAGUCUCCAUAACCUGAAUGUUCCCUCUGUUAGCAAUGUCAAAGAUUUAAUGCUUCAUUAUUAUGUAUGUUUAAGUCAAACUCAUAAGCUAAAUCAGUUACAAGAAGCAAUUUAAUUCAAAUUUACUUACUGUAUAUUAGCAAAUUGUAUUUGUAUUGUAUUAAAAAAAAUACAUGUAUUCUGUUUUCCAA